AUGAUUAAGUUUUUAGACGCAUUGGGUGGAUUUGGAGACGACCGUCAAACUGGAUUUGUGGAUACGUUCUGGAACCAGUUGACCCAACCACAACUUAGUGAAGAGGACCGUGCUUUUCUUGAGAAGGAACGCAAUCGUAUUGAUGAAAAGUAUUGCGGUGGUCCCUGUCGUUUCAUGAACCUCGAGACAGUUGUUGAGCAAGAAACAAGAGCUCAGAUGCAUUUGCGUAACUUUGCUUUUACUGCGGGAAUAAUAAAUCGUACACUUGUUUUACCAAAUGUGGCCAAUUCCCGUAUCGGUGCUUGUAAGGAGUAUGAUUUUGAGUAUUACUAUGAUAUCCAAUGGGCCAAAGAUAACGCGGAACAUUUCAAAUAUAUCACCAUGCAAGAGUUUAUUGAUUGGUUAGAUGAGCGAAAAUCACACGGAGUUCCAGCUAAUGAUCAGAUUAUGACCAUUCAUGAUAUUUUGCUCCAUCCAAACCCAAAACCAACAAUUACAGAACCUCAUUGUCUUUCUGAAUAUACUAUGCCUAAAUCUAAAUAUGAUAAAGUCAUGUCAUGGGAUAUAUAUUCUAGUAAAAUCCUUCGUACGGGUGAAAACCAACUUGUUCAAUUCUUACAAGGCCCAGAGAAAGAAAAUGUAAAUACAGAAGUUCUUCAUAUAUCUUUGAAUAAGGGGAAUCCUUUUUCGCAUCACCCAUUAGCCAAUGAUCCUAUUCCGUAUAGUCCGCAAUUAAGAACCUUAGCAGACAAAACGGCGCAGUCAAUGUCACCCUAUGUUGCAGUUCAUUGGCGCAUGGAAACAGUUCGAAGAUCCGCCAACCUGGUACAUUGUUCUGAACACCUGAUUGAUACACUCCAAAUGAACCCUAUCUAUAAAAACCAUACCGUAUUUUUACUGACAGAUUAUCCUCAUCGAUUUACAGAAGAGCAGCAGUUAUCUGCUAUUAAUGGAACCGCCAGCGCUGAGGAACUAAAGGAAUGGGUGGUAUCCACUUCCGACACGUUCCGACCUGAUAAAAUUAAAUCGAACAAUCAUUUAGCGAUCCGGUACCUGUACACACAUCGGCCUUUUACGUUAUUUGAAACAAUAGCCAAUAGCACGCACGACCAUGAAGUGAAUAACUGGACAGUGUUACCUAUUCCUAUCGAAUUACAAAAGUUAAGCACCAAUGAGAACCAGACAGGAUUGUAUGAUACUGGAUGGGUGGGUAUCCUUGACAAAUUAAUGGCAAUUCGGUCCAAUCACUUCUUUGCUGGUAAAAGUGGAGUCUGUGCCAGAAAAAGUACAUUUACAAAACAAAUCAUGGAUGAACGAAGUGCUUUAUCGCUUGGAAAUAUACAUUAUUUCGGUCAUUAA